AUGCGCCCAGCCGCCGACGCGGGCGCGGCGGAGGGCGCGGGCGCGGCGGAGGCCGCGGCGGAGGGCGCGGCGUGCGCGCGGCGAGAGGCGGGCGCAGACGGCGCGGCGCUGCGGCCCUUCGCGGCGCUGCGGCGGGGCCUGGCGGGAGCCGAGGGGCAGGCGGGCGCCGACGCGGAGACCUUGGCGGCGCUGCUACGGGGUCUGGCGCGGGGCGCCGCCGCGGCCGCGGGCGCCUUUGGGCUGGCGCUGGCGGCCACACGCGGCGACGUGGGCGCCGCCGAGGACGCGGUGGACCUCUGCCACUCCGCGCUCAGCGCCUGCGCCGCCGCCUCCGCGUGCGCCCGCGCGCGCCGGGGAGCGGGCGGGGCCCUGGAGCUGCCCGCGGGCGCCCCGCGCGCGAGGGCGGCGGAGGUGUUCCGGUGGUCCCUGGGCUACUUCUCGGGC